CCAAUAUCACUGUAUUCCACUCUCUUCUUCAAACUGGUUUCACUUGAUUUUAGCUCUCUCUCUCUCUCUCUCUCCCUUCUUCAGACUUCAAAACCAAUCUUUUCUUCAUAAUCCUGCACUUCUUCCUUAAUAUUUGAAAUAAAAUCCUUGAAAUUUAGAGUUAAUCCAGUAUUCUCUACGCUCUCCUACACCUUAAGCUCCAAGAUCCAAUCUUUUCCUCAAACUUGAAGACAAACCUUGAAGUUUGAAGAUAAAUCAAGCUUCAAGAUCCUUGCUCUUUCAGAGGUAAGUAUGCCCUAGCCCCUAAUCCCCAACUUUCUCCUACAAUUUAUUGUUCGUUUUCAGAUUCAAAAUCCAUCCUCUCUAUGAAUUUGGGAAGUCCCUUGUGGAUGAUUCGAUUCGUAUUGUGUAGUUGGGAUUAGGGUUCUCUACCAAUGAAGCAAUCGAGUUCAGCAACAGACCCAUUUGGGCAAAACACAAUAAAGCUCAUAAGCAAUGUGUGUUUCUCAGUUUUUGUUUUCUUUGUUCUUUUAUUCACUGUAAUUGCCAUCACAUACCAACCCCCCGAUCCAUGGGAGUCGUCGAGAGCUCUGGCUAAGGCCUUCACUGCAGUCGAGAAAGCCACAUUUAAGACCGACACUUCCAUCCUCAAAACCGGCGAGGACAUUUCUCUCAGCUCCCCGGUUGAAUCCCCUGCUUUCUCCUUUGUACCGAUCACAGAGGAUUCCAUUGAUAAAUCCGAGGGAGAACUCCGGAAUGUAACCCUAAAAUCAGGCUGUGUGGACGGAGAUUCGGUUAAUUGCUCGGAUCCUAGAGUCUUGAUUGCAAUCGAGAGGUUUAAUUUGAAGACUUUUAAGUCGAUUGCAUUUCUGGAUUAUCAAUCUCCUGUUAGUGGGUCGAAGCCGGAUGAAUGUGAUGUGGCCUGGAGGUUUAGGAACAAGAGAGAGAAGUCUUGGAGGAAGUAUAGAGAUUUCAGGAGAUUCAGAGUUGGAUUUGGUAGUGACUGUAGUUAUAAAGUCAUUCAUGCGGGGCGAUGGCAUUCGGGAGGGAAUGCCCGUCGUCCAAGGAUUGUUAAUGGCACUCGAGGGUCUCGAGCUGGUCCAAGAGCAAGAAUUGCUCCUCCGGUUAGGGACGAGGAUAUCAAUGAUACAAUUCCAGUAUUGGGAUCAGAUGCGGCUUUUAGGAAUGGGAGGUACUUGUACUAUUCUCGGGGCGGAGAUUAUUGUAAAGAAAUGAAUCAUUUCACCUGGAGCUUCUUAUGUGCGGUGGGUGAGGCUCAGUAUCUGAAUCGGACGUUCGUGAUGGAUUUGAGUAUGUGUUUGGCAUCCACUUAUACUCAGAGCCACAAGGACGAGGAGGAGAAAGACUUCAGGUUCUACUUCGAUUUUGAGCACUUGAAAGAGGCGGUACCGAUUGUUGAAGAAGGAGAUUUCGUUAAGGAUUGGAGGAGAUGGGAUAAGACGCACAAGAAGAACAAAAUCCCCGUAAGAAAGGUCAGAGAUUAUAAAGUCACGCCAAUGCAACUCAGGAAAGACAAGAGCACGAUUAUCUGGAGGCAAUUCGAUGCUCCCGAGCCUGAAAACUAUUGGUACAGAGUCUGCGAAGGCUCCUCAGCAAAGUACAUCCAGAGGCCAUGGCAUGCUUUGUGGAAAUCCAAACGACUAAUGAAUAUAGUUUCUGCAAUAAGUGGGGAUAUGGACUGGGACUUCGAUGCUGCUCACGUGGUUCGAGGAGAGAAAGCGGAGAACAAGCAGUUAUGGCCCCAUCUCGAUGCUGAUACAUCCCCAGAUGCCCUUGUUGCGAAGAUUCAAGGGAUGAUAAAACCCGGAAGGCGUCUUUAUAUAGCCACAAAUGAACCAUUUUACAAUUAUUUCGAUAAACUGAGACCUCACUACAAAGUUCACUUGCUCGACGAUUACAAGCAUCUCUGGAGUAAUGUUAGUGAAUGGUACAACGAAACAACACUACUGAACGGUGGGCAGCCUGUUGAUUUUGAUGGAUACAUGAGGGUCGAAGUGGACACCGAGGUUCUUUACAGGUCCAAGAUACGGGUAGAGACAUUUUAUAACUUGACCAACGAUUGCAAAGAUGGAGUUAACACAUGCUAGCCAGGUUCGAGAUACCUUUUUUCUGCACUUUACAUGUGUGAAUUCACAUAUCAUUUUGCUCGCUUCUUACAUUUAGUUUUGAAAUGAAAUUGUUGAAGGUUUUGCUGUGGUUUGUUCAUUGAUCGCAUCGAUACAGGCCCCCCCAUGUACAAUCACUUAUAUGUGCAAUAUUCAACUUUUAAAUUGCUACCA